CAUUCUAAAAGAUAAUAUCUAAACUCUGCCCUUAGUGGUUUUAUGAAAAUGGCUUCCAAUGGGGAGCAAGACAUGCAAGAUGAAGACGUGUCUGCUCCGGUUGCUCUAGUCACUGGUGCUUCUGGUUUCAUUGCAUCACACAUAGUCCAACAACUCCUCAAAGCUGGCAAUGUUCGUGUAAGAGGCACCGUCCGGUCUCUGAAGACAGAGGAGAAGGUCGUCCCGUUGCUAGGAAUGGUCCCUGACGCUCGCUAUCCUCUUGAGCUAGUUGAGGCCGAGCUCUUAGAUGAAGAGUGUUGGACCGAGGCUCUUAGAGGAGUUACAUACGUUUAUCAUGUUGCUUCACCCGUUCUUGUGUUUGAGAAGGAAGAAACGCUAGUCCGUCAGGCAGUCCAAGGAACUCUUAAUGUCCUCAAGGCCUCAGUGGCUGCAGGGACUGUAAAGAGAUUCGUAUUCACUUCUUCUUUAGCAGCUGUUGUUGUUAGUGAUCAUCUCAACGACCCCACGUACACAUACACUGAGUCUGAUUGGUCCGUUGAAGGAAUGUGUGAUGGCUAUGAAAAGAGUAAGCUCCUUGCUGAGAGAGCUGCUCUUGAUUUUGUGUCUGAGCUAGACGACGAUAAAAAAUUUGAGCUCUCUGUUAUCAACCCAGGUGCUACUAUGGGCCCACUGCUAACCAACGUUUGUUCUUCAUCAGCUCAAAUUAUGGAGCAGCUACUCUCAGGCAAGAUGCCCGUAUUGGCUGAAGUAUCUUUUCCCACAGUUGAUGUAAGAGAUGUCGCUGCUGCCCACAUUCGUGCAAUGGAAGUAGAUGGAGCACCAGGUCAGCGUUACGUAGUAUCAGGGGAGCCAUUGUGGAUGAGAGACUUAGCUGACAUCAUUCGAGCAGAGUUUGAGCCUCAAGGCUACAGUAUUGCGUCUCGUGUAUUGCCUAAAGGAAUAGUGUGGGCAAUGAAAUUUGUGAGUGCUAAGAUGAAGUGGUUGUACAGGCAAAUCGGUGUAACCACCAGAACCGACUGUAGUAAAGCAAAGAAUGAGUUAGGAGUUGAUGUAACUGCACGUGAUAUCAAUCAAUGUAUCAUUGAGGGUUGCUAUAGCUUGAUUGAGAGAGGACUGGUUGAUAGGAAACCAGGCUACAAAGGGGCAGCCUUAUCAAGCUUGAAUCAACCAAUAGAGGAACCAGAUAAAGUUACUAGUAAAGAAGAGAAGGAGAAAAGGGAGGAGGAGGAGGAGGAGAAAGGAAAUGAAAGUAAAGAGGGUGAAAAAGGAGCAGUUGAGCUUACAGUUCCACAAGGACAAGAAAGCCAAAAUGAAGGCACAACAGAUAGAAAAGUGGUGGAAGCAGUUGUUAGUAUUGAGGCAGAUGCUAAUACUAACGAAAGCUCUGGACAACAGCUGAACCAAAUUAAAAAUGACGAAGACAUAACAGAGCAACAGUCACCAGUCACAGCAGAAGAAACAAAUGAUGAAAUAGCUGCUGGUGAAAAACACCAAAAAGAGGACAAAGGGGUGGGACAAGAGGAGGCUAACAAAGAAGACAAUGAAGCGACGAACGAUUUAAAUAUUGUAAAAGAAGAAAUAGAAGCAAAAGGAGAAGUAACUGCUGACGAAAAACACAAUGAGGAGCAAGAGGAGACUAAGGAAGAGGGUAACGAACCAACGAACGAUUUAGAUAUUGUCAAAGAAGACAUAAAUGAGGAAGCUGAUGUUGCUACCACAGAAGCUCAAAAGGAAGGAGAGGAUGACUAAGACACUACUACUUUUUGACCAUUUUUGUACAUGUGUAUAUUAAUUUUCUAAAUGCACACACACACACACACACAUAUGUACACUCACAUACUCUGAUAAAGACUAAAUCCAAGCUGUUAUUCUUGCUGCUAUCCGCUUUUCUAAAAAUUUGGUAAUUGUUAUUGAUUGUAAAA